AUGAUACUACCUGGUUAAGUAUAGUCUAAAUAAAAAAACAUAUUGCGUGUGGGGGGGAACUAAAUCUGUUGUUGUUGUCAUGAUGUUGUUAUUAUGGAUGUUGUUGUCUUUGCAGUACCGGCUCUCAUCACUACCGGUGGCUAUGGCAACGCCAGGAAGAAGAGAGGCAUUCCUGUUAACAAUGAUGAUGAUGUCACAGGGCACUGUGUGCAGUUCCAGCUGACCUCCCUGACCCCUUGGUGCCAGCGUAGUGUGGGGCCACACACCCGCUGGAUGCAGUACCUGAAGGAGGGCCUCCAGGUGUGUGUGGAGUGCCAGCCUCCUGCCCUCGCUGCCGGGCAGAGACACUGCACUGGAGACGGUGAGGAGGAGGAGAGGUAAGACAGGCUGGGCACACAAGGAGAGGAGAGUCUAUAGAUAUGUAGUAAAUAUUAAAAUCAUGUUUACAUACUAACCCAAUAUUGUGUUUCUUGUUUGGAGAGUCAGAUUUCAGCCACUAGGUGGCAGGCUUAGUCUAGUCAAGUGCCUGAUAAAAACUGUCUAGUAAA